AUGUCACGAGUAUAUGCCGUUUCUAAUCACUACGACCGCCAUUGUGUCUGGGAGGAGGUCGCACAAAAUAAGAAGCUGAACAAGUAUAAUCAUUCAGUCAUCGACGAGCAAUUUGAAUUCUAUCAGGCUGAUGGACUGAAAAAAUUCAACGCUUCGGAUCCUAGCAAGCUUCUUCCUAGCAAUGUGCCCGAAGGUUCUUUCAUUGUUAGAGCACACACCCCAAUGUCGAAUCUGUUCUCGUGUCUUUGGUUCAACGAGGUUGAGUGGUUUACUCCCCGCGAUCAGCUAAGUUUCGCGUAUACAUACAGGAAAUUGAGAAAGAUGAAUCCCGAUAAACCCUUUUAUCUAAACAUGUUCAAGGUGAAGAACUCCGACAGAAAUGGUUUUGGAUUUUAAAAUCGAACAACUUAU